AUGGAUGGUGAUACUAAUUUAGCUCUUGUCUCGAAGAAGAAAGGGAUAAAGAUUAAAGCAGCGAAGCCUAAAUGGCCACUCAAAGGGGGAGAUUCAAAGAAGGAUGCUUUGGAGGUAGAAAUCUUGCAGAUGAACCCCUUGAUAGUUAAAGGUGUUGAGUCUCAAAAUGUUACUGGCAAAGUUGAUAAUAAAUCGUACCCUGCAGAUGAAACCCUAGCGCGACUUGGCGUACGCCCUGCGGAGGAAACCCUAGCUGCAGAAGAGCUGCGCCAAAUUGAAUCCACUUCUGGAUUAUCCAAAAUCAAAAAAGGAACAAUACUAGUGGAUUUGCAGUCCACCCCAGUAAGGGAAGAAGCAGUGCUGGAACUCCCAAGGUCAAAUGCGACGGCGCCGGUGCAGUCGGAAAAUCGAUUCUCGGUUCUCCAAGAACAGCAAGUCACUGAUAGCGAUGAUGAUGUGGAAAAUAUUCUUAUUGAGGAUAUUAAUCAAGAGAAAUAG